GCAUCAUUCGACCCUAGCAGCUCAGACAGUUCAAAGUGAAAAUGAAGCAGUUCGUUGUUCUAAUGUGCCUGGUGGCCCUCACAGCAACAGCUCCUCAGGGAUACAAGUACCAACCUCAGCUGCCAGCCCUUCCCAUUGGCAAUCUUCGUCCUCUGACACCCAUUUCGUCAAGUGGAAUAUACGCAAGUGGCGCCGUCCCAUCUUUCCCACAGGCCGGUGCUCAGCCCGCGAUCGGUGUCCAGCCAGCCAUUCAAGCCGUGCAGACCAUCGUUGCCGCUCCUGCUCCCGCCCCCGCUCCCGCUCCUUUGUCGAUCUCACUCCCAAAGGAGACUUUCCUUACUGCUUCGCCCCAGCAAAACCUGAUCAGCACUGUGCAGCAGCAGCCUCAGCAAAUCGUGUACCAGCAGCAACCGCAGCAAGCCCUUCAGACCCAGUUCGUCCAGCGCCCCGCUAUCGUUACCAAGGACAUUUACAUCCACUCCGCCCCCGAGGAGAAUGAGGAACUGCGGCAGGACGAGCCACUUCUGGAGAAUGUGCCCAUCCGCAAGAACUACCGGAUCGUCUUCAUUAAAGCGCCUUCCCAGAAUCUGAAAUAUACCGCCGCGGCCCUGAAGCGGGCCCAGUCAAGCAACGAGGAAAAGACCGUCAUCUACGUGCUCUCUAAAAAGCCCGAUCUCACUGAGAUCCAGCAGCAGCUGCAGGUUACCCAGUCUGAGGCCAAGGUUCAAAAGCCGGAGGUCUACUUCAUUAAGUACAAGACCCAGGAAGAGGCCCAGCGCGCCCAGCAGGAAAUCCAGGCCCAGUACGACGCCUUGGGAGGUGCAACCCACAUUUCGGACGAGGGAGUGGCUCCCAUCGCCAGCGUUUCGAGUGGCUCCCUUAACCUGGGCAGCUUUGUGCCCCAGCACUCCCAAGCUGGCCAAACCAUCAUCCACUCUCAGGCGCCAACCAUUAUCCAGCCACAGGGUCAGCCCAUUGUUCAGCUGCAGUCUAUUAACCAGGGGGUCCAGGGGGUCCAGCAGCAGAGCUCCUUUGUGCAGAAGUCCACCUCCUCAUUCGCUCCCUCGGCGCCAUCAAGGAAGUAUGUGCCGGCAAAGACUUUUUAAAAAGUUGUAGUAAGAAUCCUAUCGCUUUCAUUGUUUUAUAUCAACCAUCAUACUGUAGUAAAUUUUAAUUUAUUUUUAAUGCAAAAGUCGAAAGUCGAAAGAAAUAUAAAAAAAUUUAAAUCGAAACCC